AUGCCUUCUCAGGUAGACGAGCGUACAGUCGAUGGAAGUCCAGAGUCCAGCCCCAUGAACACCACCGCUGCUGCUGCUGCUGCUGCUGGUGGUGGUGCACAAGACGUGAUUCCAUCGCUCGUUUCCCAAACCGAUGGGAUCACCGACGAAAUUCAGGAAAAAGACCCACGACUCACGUCAUGUCGUCCCGAGAAAAAACGCUCGUCAAGACCUCCCCACCUCAAGCCGAGAGCGUCUCGAGAACCGUCAACAGACUCUAGACCGUCCGUUGUCAACUUUGUAGUCACUGAAGUUGCCACGUUCCAUGACGUCUUCGGCAUCCUCGGGGUACCCAUGGUCAUCAUGUUCCUCGUGUCGGCUGCGUGGACGUUCAUGCUAGUCGCUAUUCAGGUCCACGCUGCGACGAUAGCGAACGCUGUGAUGAACACGACGGAGUUCGACAACGGCGAGUUCUGGCUGCUGCCGAAGCCCGAGACCCCACUCGUCGUGGCCUCGGCGAUUCUGUUUACGCUUUUCGGAGUUGGCUACACGGCGUUGGCAGUCAUGAUCGUCUUUUUCUACCGAGCUGGCGCGCUGAAAGACGCCGAGACAAGUAUUGACUCCGAUCCGGGAAUGAACAAUUCAUCUCGGUACUCGAGCAUGCAAGCGGCGAUUCAGCAAAAAAUAACGAAACAGAAUUUUGUCCAGAAUAUGAUCUUGUGGGCGCGCGGAUUGCCCGAAGACGUCUGCGAGCACUACUUCGGAUUUCCAAACCCCACCAUUCAUUACUACUCCAUUAUGUUGCUUUGUAACUGGUUUGCCGCUAGCUACAGGGGCCAGCACUACGUUGUGGACCCCAACUUAAUCAUCGCUCGCCUCUAUUACACCAAAUAUGACAAGUGCGCUCUGUAUAGUUACUGGUGGAAUUUCGGAGAAAAGCACUGUACGUGCUUGGUAUUCGCCGACCGGGAGACGACACCAACGACAUAUGCGGAAUGGACUAGUCCAAAUGACACCACAGCUAAUCUCGCAGAGUUGGCUAUGGCGGGAGAGCUGCGCAUUGUUCAGAUCAUUAAUCGUGCUGUCCCCGAUCUACCGGAAGAACUGACGAGAUGCCACCGACUGGAGCAGCUGAUUCUACUUUACACCAAAACGAUCCACCUCCCGGAGUGGCUGUCCGAGUUCAGGAGCCUGGACUACUUCCAUGUCGAAGGUGACUUCACGGAUAGAAGGCUCCAAACAAUCCCCGACGGCAUGUUCAACCAUCUGGAGCACCUUUCCUUCUUGCAUUUGGGGACUUUACCUGCUCUGAAGACUCUACCGUCAAUGGCUUCGCUCAAGAAUGUGCGGUACUUGACCCUCGCAGUUCUCAGCUCGUUCAUCGAGAUCCCGAGCUUUGAAGGUCUUUCUUCCGUCAGCGACUUGAACCUCAUCCACCUCCCGAGCGCCCCCACUUUGCCGUCAUUGGCGCCACUGAAGCGUUUGACGCAGAUGGUGAUCUUACCACCGGAAGAUAAAGCGAAGCUGGAUUCGUUUGGAGACACGAUCUGCCCGCCUUCAAUGCCUCAGGACAUGGAGCAGGCGGCGCCAUGCAAGUAUUCAACCGAUGUACUCUGCGGUGGGGUCCUGUAUAAGGAAUGUUCCUUCAACGGGAAGCAGGGAAUGUGUUUCAACUCGCGUAUGAUGGUCAUCAACUGCGAGACUACGCCCAACUACAUUGCCAUGCGAAAGCUUCAGAUCGAGCGCGGGGUGGGCAAGGAAUGCGACCCCGAGGUGGAAGCCUGGCUUGGCUGUCCUAACAACUAA